AUUUGUAUUUAUUUAAUUAUCUAACUGACUGAUUGACCACCCCCUCUAUUUCUCUCUCUUCUCUUAUAAUUUCUCUCUUCCCUUUUCUUCUGCAACAAUUUCAUCUCCACAAGCUUCCAAACAAAGAGAAUUAAUGGAAAGUGAGAUUUGCAAGGUUUAUUCUUCCUCUUGUCCUCUCAUAUAUUUACUCUGAAACAAACAGAUACCUUAUCUCGUUAAUGGGUGUCCCUCUCUUUCUUGAUUCCACGAUUCCAAAAUAUUCUGAUGGCAAUAACCACAACAGAUCCCUCUUUCCAAUUUAAAAACAAGAUUCAGAAGCUUUCUAUCCAUGGAUGUUGAGAUAUAUUCUUGUUUUCAUCUGAAUGAUUGGUUUGGGUAUCUGGGUUAUCGGAUAUGAUCAUGGUUCCUGCUGAAAACCUCUACAAACAAUAUCUUCUAGGCGGUGGCGGCAGUGGCAGUGGUGACAGUUUUUAUGGUGGUUGUUGUGGCAGUUACGCGGAGAGUCUGGGUGUUAUGAGUCGAAUAAACGGGUAUGAGUAUAACGGUGAAGCUUGUUUAGGAUCUGAUCUAGCUGCGAAUCCCAUGGCGGAAGAUGAUUCCAGGACUAACAGUCUAAAUGAGGCGGUGUCUAGCUCAAAGGAUCAUAUUCAAGAAGAGAAAGAUGACGGUUGGCUGCAGCUAAGCAUCGGCAGCCACGCCUCCGGAAGUAAUAACAAGAAUCAUGAGGCGGAUCCCACGGCGGUGAGAAGUGGAGGAUUGGUGGAGCUGGAUCUUUUUUCCGGAGACAGCGCCUCUCAGCUAGCAGUAAGGCCUCCAUUGGGGCCUGCUUUUCAUGUCCCGGAGUUUCGGUCGCCGCCACGCCCUGCCAUGCCCAGUUCUAGCACUACAUCUUUGUUCUUUCAUCAAAACCAACAGCCAGGAAGCAGCCUGAUGUUUCCUCCUCAUAAUCAAGACAUUAGCUGGCCAUUAAUUAGGCCCAUAACGCAUAGCAUGGCCACCGCAGCUUCUUCUUCCUCCUCUUCUUCUUUGAUACCUCUUGGAUGGAGGCCAACAUUUCAUCAAGUGCAAACUGGAAUGGAUGUGAUGGCAGCGGGCCCCAGCUCCGUCGGCAUUAGAAUCAUUGAUCCUCCUAGAAGACCCCAUUCUGGCAUUUGGUUCAUGCUACAAGCAUCACAAAACCAAGUAAAAGAACCAUUCUUGCCUCAGAUACCAAAGAGCUACCUCAGAAUCAAGGAUGGGAAGAUGACAGUGAGGUUAUUAAUGAAGUAUCUGGUUAACAAGCUGAGAUUGGAUAGCGAGUCAGAGGUAGAGAUAACAUGUAGAGGGCAACAUCUUCAACCUUUCUUGACGCUGCAGCAUGUGAGGGAUAACAUAUGGAGCACAAGAGACGCAGUGACUUUGCUUCCUGAAUCAUCAUCACCGUCCGAUCAUGUCAUGGUGCUGAAUUAUGGUAGGAGUGCUUCAUAAUUAUGAAAGUGAAAUUUUUCUUAAUUAUUCACAUAAUUUAAUUAUUUAUUCGGUGGACUUCUCUUCACAUGUACCAUUCUUAACUUAUGGAGAUACCUUUUUUCUUUCCCUUUCUUUUGUUUUUCCUAAUUAAUUAUGGGUUUUGGA